GCGCAUGCGCACUGAUCGGGAUGACAUUGACAAGCGAGCCGGCGUAAAGUUUGAAUUUGUGUUUACUUGCAAAAGUGAUCGAGUCAUCGUCAAGAAUGGCUGAAUGGUUUUUAACAAAAUUAAAUCGCUUCGGCGAUUUGAACGAAGUACAAGCGCGAGAAGAGAUACUGACGGAGAUAAAAAUCAAGUUUGCGAAUUUGAACGCAAAUGAGGCUGCGGAAAUCACGAGGAAUCUCGAUCUAAGUAGGCUGUUUUCUCAACUAACCUCAAAUGACAGAGAUUUCGUCGAACAAAUAUGCGAUGCUCUCAAUGCCGUGCUCCAUGCCUCCGAGCCAGGGCAGAUCUUGUGGCGUUACACCCCUGAAAUUUACAAACUGCUGUCUCACCAGCUACCAGCAGUAAAAAUCUUUGCUUUGGAUGAAAUUCACAGGGUUGCAUCAAAUCCCAGUACCUUACCUCAGUUAUUGACAAAAGUGGAUCUGCUAAAUCUUGUCACAGAUACACUAGCUGAUGAAGAACUCAGUGUUGCAAAGCGGGCAAUGGAUGUUUUGAAAAAAAUUGGUCAGAAUACGGAUGGCUUGAAACUGAUAUAUUCAGGUGUACUAUUGAGAUCCAUAGCAAAAUUACUAGCCACGAGUGAUAUUGUCAAGUUUAGAGUUUAUGAAGUUGUUGUUGACAUUGCUAAGAAUAGCAAAGAAUGCCUGGAAGCCUCAGUGAGAUCAGGUUUCCUGCAGAGUCUUAUUUCAAUGCUUGACAGUGAUGAUAUCUUGCUUCAGUUGAAUGCACUGGAAACACUGAGAGAGCUUGCCUUGUCUCAAGAGGGUCUAGACUAUUUGGAGCAGCAGGAAGUAUUGCAACAGUUGUCUGAAAAAAUAGCUAAAGCUCAUGAGACACCGCUUUCAAAUCUGUUGAUACCAGGCCUGAUGAAAUUCUUUGGUUAUGUUGCACAAUUGUGCCCGAAUGAAAUAUUUUCCAGAUACCCAGUUGUCAUCUCUUCGCUCUUCGAAGUCAUUGAAAGUGAUGAUCAGACCAUAUUAGCUAUUGCAUUGGAUACUCUUGGUUAUGUCUCUUCUACGGUGAAAGGAAAGUAUGCCCUUCAAGAACUUGGAAACGCAAUGCCCUCCGCACUGAAGAAAAUAGCAGAAAUCAUUCAAAAGAUGCCUACAGAGCUCAGAUUGCGUGGAUUGAACAGCUUGACUCGCAUAUUGUAUGUGGAGAAGUCAGAGCAGGAUAACAGAAUAGUAUCUCUCACCAAAUCUUGGUUCGACGCUCUCUGCGAAGAGCCUUUGAAACUGAUCGUUUCUCUGUGCAAGCAGCCGUUUGCCGACAUAAGACAAGCCAGUCUGGACGUUUUGGUUGUGGUUGCAUCUCAAGAGUGGGGACAGGAGUACAUCUCAACCCAUCCGGGCCUAGUGGAAUUCCUCUUGGAUCGGAACGUCGAAUCUUUCAAGGAGUGCAGGGAAUCGAAAUUCGCUAUCGUUAAAGCCCUUUCAGAAUCGGUACCCAACAUAUUCGACGCCCAAACCAUCCAGAAAUUCAAAAAAUUUGUCAGCGACGGGCCGUAUUACGUCGAUACCAUUACGGAAAUCGCUUUCGAGGGUGCUUCAUAAUGUUUAUUUAUAUCUCUAAGAGUAAGACUGUUUUCAAGCGUAUGCAAGUGUUCUUCAUUAAGCCUAACUUAGAUUUUUAUAAAGCAAAAAAAAAGAUUAUGCUUUGUAAAAUGCAUGAUGUAUUUUCAUGUAAAUAAAAUUACAUCCUUCGAAUUUUUA